AUGGAGCAACUCUACGCUACAAACAGUUUUCCUUUCAAAAGUUACUACGUCUGUUUCCCUAAUCCCGAUCUUAACGAGGGAAACAGAAUAGUCUUGCCGGAGUCUGCCCUCUCUAGUUUGAUCGAGCGCAACGUUACUUUUCCUUACUUUUUCCGUAUUAACAAAUACCACAAUUCUGACCACGACAGCGACGCCAACUACAUAAUUUCUUCUCCGAACACCAACUCCGACCACCACCGCCGUAACCGCCUUACCUUAGUCGACUAUGAAAGUGACUACGCUGAUGACGACGACAGUAGUUACGAAGAAGACGAUGAUAAUGAAAGCGGUGAAGAAGAAGAUGAUAAUAAUAAAAGCUGCGAAAAAGAUGAUGAUAAUGAAAGAGCGAUGUUGCCUGAAUGGAUGAUGUUGAAUCUGGGUAUUGAGAAAGGUGAUGAAGUUGUUCUUCGUAGCGUAAAUCUGGAAAAAGGGAAGUAUGUUAAAUUGAACCCUUUGAAUGAAAAUUUUCUAAAGCUUCAUAACCCUAAGGUGAUUCUGGAAAAGACACUCAGACAAUUCGCUUGUUUGACUGCUGGUGAUAUAAUACCAAUAGUGUAUAACGAUGUAAAGUACGAUAUUGAAGUCGUGGAAACUAAUCCGUCCAUCGGUAUAAGCGUUAUCGAUACCGACUGUGAGGUUGAAUUCUCCCUGAAUGAACCAGAACUAAAACCAGAAUCUAGACCGGUAAUAGCGGAUUGUAGAAAGAAGAAGAUGGAGGAGGAUGUGAAUAUUUUUACACCAUUCUCUGGGAAGGCGAGGAGGUUGGACGACGGUGGUGUAAAGGAUGUUGAAUCGGAAGGAGAUGGCUUUGGGAAGAGAUAUAUGGCGAAUGUUGUGAUUAGUUUACCUGCUGCCGUGGUGGUAAAGCAAUCGGAAGUUAAGGAGCCGAAAGAGAAGAAGAAGUUUGUAGCUUUUAGUGGGAAGAAAUACACAUUGAGUUAG